AAUGACUUCAUUCAAACAAAGAUUUCUACGUCAACUCGAAGAAUAUAAUAUCAAAUUGGAUGAUGAUACCUUAGAAUACCUUGGUGGUAUGUUGACUGAUCUUACCUUGCAUCCAGAUCUAGAUGAAGUCCGAAGCAAUACUGAAGCAUUUCUGGAAGAUGCUGAUGUGGAUAAUACUACUAUUAAUGAUUUUUACCGACAACUUUCUCAGGGCACUAACCAACCUUCAGCAAUCAAGGCAUCCAACAAUGUUUUAUUACCCACCCAUUCUCCUUCUUCAACGACCUCCUCUUCUGAAGAUCAACACCAAGUCGAUGUCUCUGAAAAAAAGAAGGUAACAAGUAAAACUACCCGAAGAGGAAGGCGGCAACGACAAUCCGAUAAAAAUGUGACUGAUCCCAACGAAACGCCAACAAUUGUCGCCACUUCUCAACAAAGUCGGUUUCAUGCUGAAACGUUAGAGACAUUGAGCAAAGAAAUCGAUCUCAAGACGGUGAAUAUUACAAUUAAUCAAGUCGAAUUACUUGUAGAUGCUCAUUUACGCUUGAAAGAAAAUGUUAAAUAUGGCCUGGUAGGUCCUAAUGGUAGUGGAAAAUCAGUAUUGAUGAAGUGUUUGGCAGAAGAUAUUCUUAUUGGACUUCCUCAAAAUUUACAAAUUUUACAUGUGGCUCAACUGCAAAACACUGAAGAUGGUCGAACUAUUUUGGAAGAAGUAUUAUCAUCUGAUCGAGAAGCCAUGUUGGCAUUAGAAGAGUAUGAAAUGGUGAAUCGAGUGAUUGGAGAUCAUUCAUCUGCAUCCAAAGACACUGAUUUGAAUACAGUUGUUCAUCAAAUCCUAGUCAAUCGAUCCAAAGAGAAUCUUCGUAAAGUAGAUGCAAUUGCAACCAAACGAUCCGGUACCCGAGGAAAAAUAGCACGUAAUCAACUGAUCGAAACUGAAAAGGAGCAUGCUGAAUUGUUGAAAAAGGAUCCAAAUCAAUAUAUCACACCAAAAAUGGCAAAUGAUCUGGUGACGGACGUGAUGGCCAAGGCUGCUUUGACGGACUAUGAAGUGUUGAAAUCCAAGGCGACUAAGAUCAUGAAAGGUUUAGGCUUCACUGAUGAACAGAUCGGAUCCAAGGUCUCUAAAUUCUCUGGUGGUUGGAAAAUGAGAAUUGCCCUUGGAAAAGCUUUAUUUAUGGAACCCAACAUUUUACUUCUUGAUGAACCUACUAAUCAUCUGGAUUUACCGGCCAUUUUAUGGUUACAAGAAUAUCUGCUCAAUUUUACGGAUGAUAUGACUGUGGUUGUUGUUUCCCACGAUCGUGAAUUUCUGAAUAAUGUCACUGAAGAAACCAUCAUUUUGAAGGACAAGCAACUCAAGUAUCAUCAAGGUGAUUUUCAAGAUUAUGAAAAGAAUACAGAAGAACAACGUAUUCGAAAACAAGCUUUAUUAGACAAAGUAGAAAUGAAAAAGAAGAAAAUUGAGACAAGUAUUCAACAAAACAUCAAACGGGCAAAGGCAACAGGUGAUGAUAAACGAUUGGGACAAGUGGCAUCACGCACCAAAAAGUUGGAUCGUCUUGGUAUGGAAAAGACGGAAGAUGGAAAACGAUUCAAGCAAAGUUACCGUUAUGGUUAUCAUUUUGAUCAGCGGGAAAAGGUUGUCGUGGAACAAAAGGAACGAACACAUGACAUUUAUAUCCCUAAUCCUCAACCUUUACGUACAAAGGGUCCCUUCUUAAUGAUGGAAAAUGUCAGUUUUAGAUAUAACAAUCAAGGUCCCAUGAUUAUCAAGAAUGUCACUUUGAAUCUGGAGCCUACUUCUCGUAUCGCACUAUUAGGUAAUAAUGGAUCUGGCAAGUCCACUUUACUUAAUUUGAUGACAGGCAAGAUUCAACCCGUCAGUGGCCAUAUCCAGCGAAAUCCCUUACUUCGCGUUGGUUACUUUACCCAAAAUGUGGUGGAUUCAUUGGAUAUAGAAAAGACACCAGUAGAACUUCUUCAAGAGAAACAACCUUCGUUAUCUGAACAAGCGUGCCGUGCUCACUUUGGUUCAGUUGGCGUGGGUGCCAUUGGAACAAGACCUGUCAAGUAUCUUAGUGGUGGGCAACGUAGUCGAGUGAUGUUAGCUAUCCUUCUUUUCGACGAACCUCAUGUUCUUAUUCUGGAUGAAAUUACCAAUCACUUGGAUAUGGGCACCAUUGAUCUUCUGGUAGAUGCAUUGGCUGGAUUCUCUGGUUGUCUUGUUUUGGUCAGUCACGACUUUUGGUUUUUAAAGCAACUGAUGGAACAAAAUGGGCGAGAUGAUGAUGACAAUGAUCCAGAGGACGAAGAAGCUUACUUGGAACGACUCAGCAAGAAUGAAGUCUAUGCUCUUAAGGCUGGUGAAUUUAAGCGUUGGGAAAAAAGUUUAGAUGCUUAUGUGAACACUACUUUGAAAGCAGUUAAAAAGCAAAUGGCUCUAUAGUAGUUGACGACAACUGUGAUAAUAAUAAUGAUAAUAAAAAACUGGGUCAUAUAUUAAGGUUGAUGAUUGAU